AUGAAGUUCGGCGAGCAGCUCCGUUCCAGCAUCAUCCGGGAGUACCAGUGGUAUUACAUCGACUACGAUGGCCUCAAGGCCGACCUGAAGGGCGCCAGCGGGCCCGUGGUCAUAGAAGCCGAAAAUGGGCAGGGCCAGAAGAAGCAGAAGAGGAGAAAGGCGCCCAAGCGGGAAUGGACCGAGGAUGACGAGGGCCGCUUCGUGGGCAAGCUCGAGACCGAGCUCGACAAGGUCCACACAAAGCAGCAGGUCAAGGCUGUUGAGAUUGCCCGGAGGAUCGCUGUCAGCGAGCGCGAGGUUAAAGAUGUUGUCAACCGCCUCAAUGAGAGAGGGCCAGGGCAGGACGGACCAAGCGAGGAAGAGUUCUUGUUGCUCGAGGAGGACUUGAGCGACAUCAUUGCUGACGUCCACGACCUCGCCAAGUUCGUGCAGGUGAACUAUACGGGUUUCUACAAGAUCAUCAAGAAGCACGAUAAAAUGACCGGAUGGCACCUCAAACCCGUUUUUGAUACCCGGUUGAAGGCGAAGCCUUUCUACAAGGAGAACUACGACGCGUCCGUCGUCCAGCUUUCCAGGCUCUACGACCUGGUCCGAACAAGAGGUAACCCUGUAAAGGGUGACAGUGCUGCCGGUGGCAGCCAGGCCAACUUCAUACGGCAUACCACUAAAUACUGGGUGCACCCCGACAAUGUCACCGAGCUCAAGCUCCUCGUCUUGAAGCAUCUCCCCGUGCUGGUAUUCAAUGCUAGCAAAGAGUUCGAGUCGGAAGACUCGGCAAUCACGUCGAUCUACUACGACAACCCGGAAACCUGGGAACUGUAUGAGGGGCGCCUGAAGAAGACGGAAGGUGCCGAAGCAAUCCGGUUGAGGUGGUAUGGCGGCAUGAACAACGAGACCAUCUUCGUAGAGCGGAAGACGCACAGAGAGGACUGGACGGGCGAGAAGUCCGUUAAGGCUCGCUUUGCCCUGAAGGAGAAGAACGUCAAGUCGUACUUGCGAGGGGAGCUCCUCCCGGCGGCCAUCUUCGAGAAGGCGCGGAAGGAGGGCAAGAAAUCGGCAAAGGUGAUCGCCGAGGAUGAGAGAUUAGCGGGGGAGAUCCAGUACUCUGUCCUGAAGAAGGGUUACAAGCCCGUGUGCCGUUCCUUCUACAACCGAACGGCGUUCCAGCUGCCGGCCGACGCGAGGGUGCGUAUCUCGCUCGAUACCGAACUCACAAUGGUCCGGGAGGACAACUUAGAUGGCGUCCAGAGGUCGGGCUCCAAUUGGAGGCGGAUGGACAUCGGCAUCGACUAUCCCUUCUCACAGCUGCCACCCGGCGAUGUCGUCAGGUUUCCCUACGCAGUCCUCGAGGUCAAGUUGCAGACGCAGCUCGGCCAAGAGCCUCCCGAGUGGGUGCGCGAGCUGGUUUCGAGCCAUCUUGUCGAGGCUGUACCCAAGUUCUCCAAGUUCAUCCACGGCGUCGCCUCUCUGUUCCCGGAUCGCAUAGACCUCCUGCCCUACUGGAUGCCCCAGAUGGACGUCGACAUCCGCAAGCCGGCAACCCACAACUUCGGCAUCACCCGGCCGGGGUAUUCGGGCACGACGUCUACCCUGGACGAGGACGACGAGGACGACUUCGACUCGGACGCCGAAGACACCGCCUCGUCCGGCCGCGACGGGGAAUCAAGCGCCCAGGGAUCGCAACGGGCACAGCGGAGGCCCGCCGGCCGGCCGCCGGCGCUGCUGCCCGAUCUGGAAGGCCAGACCAUCGAGCAGGACGUCGGGGACGAUGCUUACCCCAUCUACGAUUCGGAGGACCAGAACGAGGAGGACAGGCUGGAAGAGGCCAGGAGGGUUGGCGGUCUCACGUACUACCGCACGCUGCCGUCCACCUUUGCGAAGGCUACGGGGCGCGGCAUCUUGCGGCUCCUCCGGCACGUGGUGCCGCACCAGGGGUCGCUCAUCCCCCGUAGCUCGAGGCUCGAGAUGCUGCUCGGUACCGGGCCGAUAGAGAGCAAGAGAUUCAGAGCGCCGAAGGGAAAGCGGAUUCAUGUGCCUGUUCGCGUCGAGCCUAAGGUGUACUUCGCAGCGGAGCGCACGUUCCUCAGUUGGCUCGAGUAUUCCAUCUACAUCGGCGUCAUCGCCGUGACGCUUCUCAACUUCGGGACCAAGCCCACCGCGGCGUCCUUCAUCGUGGCGGGCGUGUUCACGCUCUUGACCGUCCUCUCGGUGUGCUACUCGCUCUACACUUACCUCUACCGGAGCCAGGCGAUCCGCAACCAGAAGGUGGCCAGGUACUACGACAAGUGGGGACCGAGCGUUCUCGGCGUGUCGCUGCUCUUUGCCGUGCUGCUGAAUUUCGGGUUUGAGGGGAGGCAGAGGAAUUUGUGGUAG